ACAGUUAAAGAUAGUGCACUUAAACACUAUAGUGAUCAGAUUUCGCGAUCACAAAGAUCUGCAUCAGCACAUGCCACUGCCACUGCACAUGCACAUGAACAUGCAGCUGCAACUGGAAAUGCAAAUGCUACUGCACAUGCACAUGCACAUGCAUAUGCAACUGCGAUUGCGCAUGCACAUAAUCAUGUAAAUGCAACUGCAUCUACACAUGCCACUUCAAAUGCAAAUAAAAUUGAAACUGCAUAUACAACUGCAACAGAACAAGCACAAUGCUACUGCAAAUGCAAUUGCAUUGGCACUUGCAACUGCACAUGCAAAAGGAAGGCACAUGCAACUGGAAAUGCAGCUGCUAGUGUACAUUUACAUGCGCAUGCAUAUGCAACUAAAACAGCGAUUGCUACUGCAACUGUACACGCAAAUGUAACUGCAACUGUAACUGAAACUGCACAUGCCCAUUUACAUGCAGAUAAAAAUGCAAACGCUACUGUAAAUGAGCAUACUACUGCAACUGCACACGCACAUGUAAAUAAAGCUGUAGCAGCAAAUGCACAUGCAGAUUCAACUGCAACUACAAAUGCACAUAGUCAUGUAACUACAACUGCGCAUGCACAAGAACCGGCAUAUGCAACUGCAACUGCACAUGCACAUGUAACUAAAACAGCAACUCUAACUGCCACUGUACAUGCUCAUGUGACUGUAACUACAAUUACACAUGUACAUGCACAAGCUAUAUCAACUGUAAAUGCAACUGUACCAGCACAUGCACAAGAAACUGCACAAGCACAGGUACAAACAACUGCUACUGCUCAUGCAACUGCACAUGCACAUGCAACGGCAACAGAACCAGUACAUACUAAAAGAACUGCAAUAGCAGAUGCACAUGCAGCUGCCACUGCAAUUGGGAUUGCCACUGCAUUUGUAACUGAACAGGAACAUGCAAAUGCAACUGCCACUAAAAAUGCAACUAAUCAUGCUCAUAGACAUGCAAAUGCAACUGCCACUAAAAAUGCAACUGAUCAUGCACAUAAACAUGCAAAUUUAACUACGACAGCAACGGCAACUGCACAUGCACGUGUAACUAAAAUGCAACUGCAUCUGCUACUCCACAAGCAUACGUAA